AUGCAAAACACACGUGUUCCUCUUAGCGCAGAUGAGUUGAAUGGCCUUUUCCAAUUUCCGCUCGAUGAAGAACUCGGCGAUGGUGAUGGAAACGAAAGAAUAGCACAAUACCAACACGUUAUUAAUGCGCAGUUCGUAGAUGCCGAUGUGCUUGCACUAAUGCAUCCAAGCCAUUGCCUUCAAUGCAUAGCUCCCUUCCCAAUCCCCCCACUUAACAGUUCACAUACAGUGCUGUAUUUAUGCACUAAUUUAUCAGCUCCCGCCUCAAAUGCGCAAUUACCUACCCCACCUCCCCGAAUCAUCAAUGAACGAAACUGUGGCAGCUUAAACCACUGUACGACAACUACGUGGUUACUACAGCUGACAAUGAUGAUGUGCUGA